CCCGGGAGUGACGUCAGGUGUCGCCUUUCCCUCUGUUGGCGCUUCCGCUGUUGGGGUUCCGCGGUGUGACUCGCGAACUCAGUCGAGUUGGUCUGGCCGCGCCGGCCUUAGCUCCUCAGCGCCGUCGCCAUGUCGCGGUUUUUCACCACCGGUUCGGACAGCGAGUCUGAGUCGUCCCUGUCUGGGGAGGAUCUCGUCACCAAGCCUGUCGGGGGUAACUACGGCAAACAGCCAUUGUUGCUAAGUGAGGAUGAAGAAGAUACCAAGAGAGUUGUCCGAAGUGCCAAGGACAAGAGGUUCGAAGAGCUGACCAAUCUUAUCCGGACCAUCCGUAAUGCCAUGAAGAUUCGGGAUGUCACCAAGUGCCUGGAAGAGUUUGAGCUCCUGGGAAAAGCAUAUGGGAAGGCCAAGAGCAUUGUGGACAAGGAAGGUGUCCCCCGGUUCUAUAUCCGCAUCCUUGCUGACCUUGAGGACUAUCUUAAUGAGCUUUGGGAAGAUAAGGAAGGGAAGAAGAAGAUGAACAAGAAUAAUGCCAAGGCUCUGAGCACGCUGCGCCAGAAGAUCCGAAAAUAUAACCGAGAUUUUGAGUCCCAUAUCACAAGCUACAAGCAGAACCCCGAGCAGUCUGCGGAUGAAGAUGCUGAAAAGAAUGAGGAGGAUUCAGAAGGCUCUUCAGAUGAGGAUGAGGAUGAGGAUGGAGUCAGUGCUGCAACUUUCUUGAAGAAGAAAUCAGAGGCUCCUUCUGGGGAGAGUCGUAAGUUCCUCAGAAAGAUGGAGGAUGAAGAUGAGGACUCAGAAGAGUCUGAAGAUGAUGAAGACUGGGACACAGGUUCAACAUCUUCGGAUUCAGACUCAGAGGAGGAAGAAGGGAAACAAACUGCACUGGCCUCAAAAUUCCUUAAAAAGGCCCCCACCACAGAAGAGGACAAGAGAGCAGCUGAGAAGAAACGGGAGGACAAAGCCAAGAAGAAGCACGAUAGGAAGUCUAAGCGCCUGGAUGAGGAGGAAGAGGACAAUGAAGGCGGGGAGUGGGAGAGGGUCCGGGGUGGAGUGCCCCUCGUUAAGGAGAAGCCAAAAAUGUUUGCCAAGGGAACUGAGAUCACCCACGCUGUUGUCAUCAAGAAACUGAAUGAGAUCCUACAGGCACGAGGCAAGAAGGGAACUGAUCGUGCUGCCCAGAUUGAACUGCUACAAUUGCUGGUUCAGAUUGCUUCAGAAAACAAUCUGGGGGAGGGCGUCAUUGUCAAGAUUAAGUUCAAUAUCAUUGCCUCUCUCUAUGACUACAACCCCAACCUAGCCACAUACAUGAAGCCGGAGAUGUGGCAGAAGUGCCUGGACUGCAUUAAUGAGCUGAUGGACAUCUUGUUUGCAAAUCCCAACAUCUUUGUUGGAGAGAACAUUCUGGAAGAGAGUGAGAACUUGCAAAAUGUUGACCAGCCACUGCGUGUCCGUGGCUGUAUCCUAACUCUGGUGGAACGAAUGGAUGAAGAAUUUACCAAAAUAAUGCAAAAUACUGAUCCUCACUCCCAAGAGUAUGUGGAGCAUCUGAAGGAUGAGGCACAGGUGUGUGCCAUCAUCGAGCGUGUACAGCGCUACCUGGAGGAGAAGGGCACCACUGAGGAGAUCUGCCGUGUUUACCUCAGGCGCAUCCUCCACACCUACUACAAGUUUGAUUACAAGGCCCAUCAGCGGCAGCUUGCCCCUCCUGAGGGCUCCUCAAAGUCUGAGCAAGACCAAGCAGAAAAUGAGGGUGAGGACUCAGCUGUGCUGAUGGAGAGACUGUGCAAGUACAUCUAUGCCAAGGACCGCACCGACCGCAUCCGCACAUGUGCCAUUCUGUGCCACAUCUACCAUCAUGCUCUGCACUCCCGCUGGUACCAGGCCCGUGACCUCAUGCUCAUGAGCCACCUGCAAGACAACAUUCAGCAUGCAGACCCACCAGUGCAGAUCCUGUACAACCGCACCAUGGUGCAGCUGGGCAUCUGUGCCUUCCGCCAAGGCCUGACCAAGGAUGCACACAACGCACUGCUGGACAUCCAGUCGAGUGGCCGGGCCAAGGAGCUUCUGGGCCAGGGUCUGCUGCUCCGCAGCCUGCAGGAGCGCAACCAGGAGCAGGAGAAGGUGGAGCGGCGCCGGCAGGUACCCUUCCACCUGCACAUCAACCUGGAGCUGCUGGAGUGUGUCUAUCUAGUGUCUGCCAUGCUCCUGGAGAUCCCCUACAUGGCUGCCCAUGAGAGUGAUGCCCGCCGGCGCAUGAUCAGCAAGCAGUUCCACCACCAGCUGCGGGUGGGCGAGCGACAGCCCUUGCUGGGUCCUCCUGAAUCAAUGAGGGAACAUGUGGUCGCUGCCUCUAAGGCCAUGAAGAUGGGUGACUGGAAGACCUGCCACAGUUUUAUCAUCAAUGAGAAGAUGAAUGGGAAAGUGUGGGACCUCUUCCCGGAGGCUGACAAAGUUCGCAGCAUGCUGGUUAGGAAGAUCCAGGAAGAGUCUCUGAGGACCUACCUCUUCACCUAUAGCAGUGUCUAUGACUCCAUCAGCAUGGAGACACUAUCUGACAUGUUUGAGCUGGAUCUGCCCACUGUGCACUCUAUCAUCAGCAAGAUGAUCAUUAAUGAGGAGUUGAUGGCCUCCCUGGACCAACCAACACAGACAGUGGUGAUGCACCGCACUGAGCCCACUGCCCAGCAGAACCUGGCUCUGCAGCUGGCCGAGAAGCUGGGCAGCCUGGUGGAGAAUAACGAGCGGGUGUUUGACCACAAGCAGGGCACCUAUGGUGGCUACUUCCGAGACCAGAAGGACGGCUACCGCAAAAACGAAGGCUACAUGCGCCGGGGUGGCUACCGCCAGCAGCAGUCUCAGACAGCCUACUGAGCUCUCCACUUCUGUCCCCGUGGCCUAGACCAUUCAACCUUUAAGUCCUAAACCACACCGUAGUCAUUAAAGGUCUAUUUAGAGUUGUUAUAGUCCCUAAUUGUCUGCAUGUCGCCACAGAAGUGUCUUGGACCCAUUCAUUUGCCAGUUAUAUUUCUGCCCUUCUACCUCAUGACAGUCACAAGGCUCGAAAGGCAGAGAUGAAUCGGACACAUCCCUAACUUCAAAGAGCUUGUUGCUCUUUGACAUUUAACAGAAAAAUGUAAUAACGUGUUAAGUUACAACAGAGGUGUGAAAAAGGGUGGUAAGUACACUGAACGGGAUGUGACUGUGGGCCGCAAUGUCAGGGAAGGCAUAAGGGAGGCAGUAGUGAUAGUUGGACCUUGAGGGUUGGGUGGGUGGUGGCUCACCAGGUAGGGAGAAGGGAGUUUUAGUCUAGACCAGUGUGGAGUGUGGUCCGUGGACCAGCGUGGAUUCUCUGACCUGUCCACGACAAGACAGUUACCACAAUGAACUGUAAGCAUGAGAAACUUUGCCAUUGCUGUGACAUUUAAGCAUGUGAUUGUUUUUCUAGUAAUUUGUAUAAUUUGUGUUUAUUAAAUUUUACAAAUGUA